AUGGGCCUCUUCAAUCUUUUCAUCACUGCAUCAGUACCAGUCCUAAAUGUACUUCUCUUGACUGGUGUUGGAUCAAUUACUGCAACACGUCGCAUUGGCAUUCUAGGCAAGGAUGCAACGAAGCAUUUGAACAAUGUUGUAUUCUUUGUGUUCAAUCCAGCUCUUGUAGCAACUAAUUUAUCUCAAACUAUCACACUGGAGAGCAUGGUUUUAUUGUGGUUUAUGCCAGUCAAUCUCUUGCUAAAUUUUGUAAUUGGUUCUGCACUUGGAUGGGUUGUUAUCCAAAUCACUAAUGCUCCUACCCACUUGAGGGGCGUCAUCUUGGCAUCUUGUUCUGCUGGAAAUGUGGGCAAUUUACUUCUCAUCCUGGUCCCUGCAAUGUGCAAAGAGAAAGGUACCCCAUUAGGAAGUCCUGAUGUUUGUGGUACAUAUGGAUUAGCAUAUGCAUCCCUUUCAAUGGCGAUAGGCACUAUUCUGCAGUGGUCUUAUGUCUACAAUAUUGUGAGAAUAUCUUUGUGUGGUGAAGAAGGCAAAAUGAACAACAACCUACCAAAAGUGGAGUUUCCAGAAGAAACUAAAAGUUUACUCCCUCAUAGCUGCACACGCAGCACACCUGAGGAAGCAUCAACUAGUGGCUGCAUGAUCAUUGGAUUUAUUAUCGGUGUGAUCCCCCAAAUAAGAGAAGCAAUUGUAGGUCAAGAUGCUCCACUUCGUGUUAUUCAAGAUUCAGCUGUUUUGUUGGGGUACGAUCCUUAA